AUGUCGUCCAAGCUCCCUCCAAACACAGUCGGGCAGAUCCAACGCCUCAUACUCAGAUGGCCCAAGGAUCCCAUUCGACCAGAGUCCGUUUCGGUCCAGAGAUACCUCCAGUCACGGCUUGAGCCUCCGCGCCCUCAGUCCUCCGAUUUUUCUCUCACGUCCUACAUCACAUCCUUUUUCUCGCGAUCCAAACCACAAUCACAGGGUGAUGCGUCACUACAGCCUCCUCUACUAUCACAGGAAAAUAUAAAAGUGCUACAGUCGUUUUUGGAUAAUAAAUAUCAGAAAGGAUAUCCCCUUCGGAAGAACGUGCGGUACCCCGCCAGUAUGCCACAGCACUACGACCGGCUGAUAAAGGAAUUUGACGAAGCUGCGAAUCGAUCGGCAUUUGCACGAUUGGGUAGAAGGAUCGGGGGGUCAGUAAGGCUGAAGUAG